CUGCCCAGCAGCAUCAAACACACCUGGACUCCAUUUUUAUGCUGCUGGAGAAGAACAUCGUCACUUUUGUAAAGAACGAGCUGAAGAAUAUCCAGAAGCUUCUGAGUCCAGAUUACCCAGAAUGCUUAGAGAGUCAGAGGAAGGAUGAGGAUGAAGAGCAGAGGAGCAGCAGAGAGGCAUUUCUGAAGAUCACACUGCACUUCCUGAGGAGAAUGAAGCAGGACGAGCUGGCUGACUGUCUGCAGCGCAGAAGUCCAGCUGGAGUUUGUCGACGUAAACUCAAAUCUAAGAUGCAAAAGAAGUUCCAGUGUGUGUUUGAGGGGAUAGCUAAAGCAGGAAACCCAACCCUUCUGAAUCAGAUGUUCACAGAUAUCUACAUCACAAAGGGAGGGACUGCAGAGGUCAAUGAUGAACAUGAGGUCAGACAGAUUGAAACAGCAUCCAGGAAACCAAACAGACCAGAAACAACAAUCAGACAUGAAGACAUCUUUAAAACCCCACCUGGAAGAGAUGAACCAAUCAGAACAGUGAUGACAAAGGGAGUGGCUGGCAUCGGGAAAACUGUCUUAACACAGAAGUUCACUCUGGACUGGGCUGAAGACAAAGCCAACCAGGACAUCCAGUUCACAUUUCCAUUCACCUUCAGAGAGCUGAAUGUGCUUAAAGAGAAAAAGUACAGCUUGGUGGAACUUGUUCAUUACUUCUUUAGUGAAACCAAAGAAGCAGGAAUCUGCAGGUUUGAAGAGUUCCAGGUUGUGUUCAUCUUUGACGGUCUGGAUGAGUGUCGACUUCCUCUGGACUUCCUCAACACUGAGAUCCUGACUGAUGUGACAGAGUCCACCUCUGUGGGUGUGCUGCUGACAAACCUCAUCAGGGGGAAUCUGCUUCCCUCUGCUCGCCUAUGGAUAACCACACGACCUGCAGCAGCCAAUCAGAUCCCUCCUGGGUGUGUUGACAUGGUGACAGAGGUCAGAGGGUUCACUGACCCACAGAAGGAGGAGUACUUCAGGAAGAGAUUCAGAAAUGAGGAUCAGGCCAACAGACUCAUCUCUCACAUCAAGACAUCACGAAGCAUCCACAUCAUGUGCCACAUCCCAGUCUUCUGCUGGAUCACUGCUACAGUUCUGGAGGACGUGUUGAAGACAAGAGAGAGAGGAGGGCUGCCCAAGACCCUGACUGAGAUGUACAUCCACUUCCUGGUGGUUCAGUCAAAAGUGAAGAAAGUCAAAUAUGAUGGAGGAGCUGAGACAGAUCCACACUGGAGUCCAGACACCAAGAAGAUUAUGGAGUCUCUGGGAAAACUGGCUUUUGAGCAGCUGCAGAAAGGCAACCUGAUCUUCUAUGAAUCAGACCUGACAGAGUGUGGCAUCGAUAUCACAGCAGCCUCAGUGUACUCAGGAGUGUUCACACAGAUCUUUAAAGAGGAGAGAGGACUGUACCAAGACAAGGUGUUCUGCUUCAUCCAUCUGAGUGUUCAGGAGUUCCUGGCUGCUCUUCAUGUCCAUCUGACAUUCAUCAACUCUGGAGUCAACCUGCUGGAAGAAGAACAAACAACAUCAACAGGUUUCUACCAGAGUGCUGUGGACGAGGCCUUACAGAGUCCAAAUGGACACCUGGACUUGUUCCUCCGCUUCCUCCUGGGUCUUUCACUGCAAACCAAUCAGAAUCUCCUACAAGGCCUGCUGACUGAGACAGGGAGUAGCUCACAGACCAAUCAGAUUCUCCUAAAAGAACUGUUGAUAAAGAGAGGAACAAUCUUUCAGACCAUCUUACAGACCAAUCAGAAAACAGUUAAGUACAUCUGGAAGAAGAUCAGUGAGAAUCUGUCUGCAGAGAGAAGCAUCAAUCUGUUCCACUGUCUGAAUGAACUGAAUGAUCGUUCUCUAGUGAAGGAGAUACAACGGUCCCUGAGUUCAGGAAGUCUCUCCACAGAUAAUCUAUCUCCUGCUCAGUGGUCAGCUCUGGUCUUCAUCUUACUGUCAUCAGAAGAAGAUCUGGGCGUGUUUGACAUGAAGAAAUACGGUGCUUCAGAUGAGGCUCUUCUGAGGCUGCUACCAGUGGUCAAAGCCUCCAAAAAGCUCUGUAAGUGUGAUUUAUUCAUCAAUAAAUACUCUGCUAUCUUUCAACAGGAGAGAAAUGUAAAUAACUUGUUUCAUUCCUGUUGUCUCUCCAGACUGAGUGGCUGUAAUCUGUCAAAGAGAACAUAUGAAGCUCUGUCCUCAGUUCUCAGCUCCCAGUCCUCUAGUCUGAGAGAGCUGGACCUGAGUAACAACAACCUGCAGGAUUCAGGAGUGGAGCUGAUCUCUGUUGGACUGAAGACUCCACACUGCACACUGGAGACUCUCAGUCUGUCAGGCUGUCUGAUCUCAGAGGAAGGCUGUUCCUCUCUGGCCUCAGCUCUGAGCUCCAACCCCUCCCAUCUGAGGGAGCUGGACCUGAGCUACAAUCAUCCAGGAGACUCGGGAGUGAAGCUACUGUCAGCGGGACUGGAGGAUCCUCUCUGGAGACUGGACACUCUCAGGUACAAACACUGUGUCAAACAUGGAGGAGGAAACAGGUCUAAACAUUUCAUAUAUUCUUGUGAACUCACACUGGACACAAACACAGUGCACACACUCCUCAAACUGUCUGACAACAACAGGAAGGUGACAUUAGUGGAGGAGGAUCAGCCAUAUCCUGAUCAUCCAGAGAGGUUUGACUUCUGGCCUCAGCUGCUGUGUAGAGAUGGUCUGACUGGUCGCUGUUACUGGGAGGUCGAGAUGAGAGGAGAUGUUGUUAUAUCAGUGAGUUACAGAGGAAUCAGCAGGAGAGGAGACAGUGAUGACUGUUGGUUUGGAUAUAAUGAUCAGUCCUGGAGUCUGUUCUGCUCUGAUGAUGGUUACUCUGUCUAUCACAAUAACAGCAGCACAGCCAUCUCCUCGUCCUCUGUCUCUGGUAGAGUAGCAGUGUAUGUGGACUGUCCUGCUGGCUCUCUGUCCUUCUACAGAGUCUCCUCUGACUCACUGAUCCACCUCCACACCUUCAACACCACAUUCACUCAGCCUCUUCAUGCUGGGUUUGGGUUCUGGUCUCCUGGUUCUUAUGGUUCCUCAGUGUCUCUGUGUCCUUCGUAGGAGGAGACAACUUCCAGUCCUGUGGUUUAAAUGUUGGUGGAGAACCAGGG